GGCACUGGGUUGUUUCGACCCUUGCUUUUUACCACGAGAGUGAACGUUUUCUAGUCGUAGCUUGCGCACGGUACGACCUUUUUGGACACGCAGGACUAACACUGAGCUGGGCAGCCAAAGCCAUUCGAUACGAUUACGAAAAUUGCAUAUCCUUCUCUUGUAAACUACCACGUGGUGGUCGCGGUGGGUUGUCACAGAUGAAGAAUGUUCGGAGGUGCGACGUCUGCAUCUAGUUCCGCUGCUUCUAGUACACGCGCAGCGAAUAGAACAAGCGGACCGAUGAAUGCUUUUCCGACCACCUCUACCGGCGCCGGAGGAGGCCCAGGUGGAGCCGCUGGCGUUUACCUCCUGCAAACGGGUACGGGUCCAGCGACGAGUAGCACUUCUUCAUCUGCUGCUGCGACAAGUUCUUUGUCCCGCUACCAGUCAAUUUUGGACAAGCAAAACGAGUUGCUGCAACUUGGGAACGUCAAUCCGGACCAGGAUUUGAUCGAAGAAACAGUCUACGAAGCCGUCGAGCGGGAGUUUAUUGCGUACCAAUCGGACAUCGAUUUUCUGACGACCCAGAACCAGGAACUCGAGCGAUUCAUAGAAAAGCAGAAGGAGAGGCAUAAGGAGGAAUUGCAAACCGAACGGGAGAAAUCCUACAGUAGCGCGAAGCAACAGUUUGAGGAGAUAAUCGAGAACCAAAGGCAGCAACUGAACCGGUUCGCUCUGGAGCAGCCCCAGCAGCGCCAGCUCCUGCAGAACCAGGAGCGGUUGUCAAACAAUCUGCAGCGGCAGUUGCAAAUCAGCGAAGACUUGCGGCGGGAGGUGUCGCGGUUGGAGGAUGAAUUGGAACUGAAGGAAUACGAGGUGCGGAAAUUCGACGAAAAGUCCGCAUAUCCAGUGCAAAUAUGUCUGGGUGGUCUUGAUAAAAAGGGUCAUGCGAUGCUGGUGAGCCUUGCAUGACAAAGCAGCUUUAUGCAUGUUGGCAUGAGCACAUCACAAGCUUUUUCCGUAUUCUUCGGAUUUUUCCAUUCGUAUUUAUGAUCACAAAUGACCUUCCAGAACGACAAGAAAACUGGCCAAAAAUCCUGUUUAUGCAAUACAGAUUGUGGUGUCGCGCAACUUUCGCAUUACAAAUCCAUUAAAAUCCAGACCCAGACAUGAUAUUUGCAACCCAUACCUAAAACCUGGAGUACCGCGUGCAGGAAGCCAUGAAGGCGGUAAGACGGGCGUUCGCCGGGUUUCUAUGACAGUGCACAACUCCCCCUUCCCUCAUUUGUCAUCCGAAAACCCAAAUCCAGUUGCUACCUUGUGGCACCGCGUGCAUGACAAAUUCCGGAAUAAAUCCAAACAGCGCAUGGACCUGUCAUGCACAGGGUCCACCUGUACUGGUGUUUGUAAUGCUGUUGAUGUCAACAUGCAAAUGAGGUGGAGGGGGAGUUGUGCACAACUCUCAUAGUUUCAGCGGGAGGAGGAUAAAGCGAAGAAGUUGAUCGCGGAGAAGGAAAGACUGGUCGCGAGUCAUGAGCAGGUACUUGAUUUGUAAUGCAAAAUUGCACCAGAAACUUGAUUUGUAUUUGUAAUGCCAAAUUGCACCAGAAACUUGAUUUGAUGUAUUGCCAAAUUGCACCUCAGUAUCAACAAUCUGCUAUGCCAACAAAACAGGAGCGCACCUCCCUUCUCUCCGAGCGCGCGAGCCUGCGGAAGGAGCUGCACCGAAAGAUGAAGGGACAAAAGGACAUGGUGGAGCAGCUGCGGGACCUCCAGGCGCCGGAGGACACCGCGGCGAAAGAGAUAAGGCGGGAACAGGACCAGCAGGCACUGGUGAAGAUUCUGCAACACCAAGUGCAGUCACUCCAGGCAAAAUUGGUGGACUCUUUGAAGAGGGAACAGACAAAUACGAGUGCAAUAAGUGCUGGUGGAACUACGUCGAUGAAUAACAACAACACGUCUGGGAUCAUGAAUACCAGCAGCCACAGCAGCUUCAUGAAGGCGCUAAAGUCAUGAAAAAUUUCAUCAAUUUACGACGUUGAAGUCUGCAUGACCGGCGCCAGGGGGGGCGGUUCAUGUACG